GGGCACACGCUGCCGCCGAGCGGAGAGCGCUCUCUCGUCCUUCCCACAGCGCCGGAGACGAACGCUCCGCGCGGCGUUAAAAGCAUGCCAUUAAUACGGACCUCCUUGUGUUUGAAUGACGAGACUAAUGUCACAUUACUAUAUCAUGAAAAGCUUCCGUGGAGCAAUUAAUUUAUACGACUUUCGUGCGACAUUAAAGUGAUUGUUGAACAUUAUCUUCAAGUCGAGAACAGGUACAGACUCCACAAAAGCGAAAAGUUGAAGACUGAAGCAUGCUUCAAGUAGACGGAUUCAAGAGACCGUCGCCUUCGCCAUCGCGGAGUUCGGUGAGAAGCGACAGUCGAGUAUUCCGGCCACCGCGCGUCAUCCACGUUAACCGAGACGCCUCCACCAUGGUAGAUGACGACGCAGGUGGCACGGGCGGCGCGCCCUGUUUGCCUAGUGGGGCCGGACUGGUCUCCGACUGGGAAAAUGUCGAACAGAACCCAGCCAAUUUUCGAUCACGCACCUUCAGCGAUGGCUUCAUCAGAAACACGAGUCUUGAGCUGUUACUAGGUGUCGACUGCGAAGCGUGUCUCGCCCUCGCAGCACAACGACAGUGUUUCAAUAAACACAUAUCAGAUCAUGACUUUGACUUAGUUUGCAACUGUAGCAUACAACAGAACAAUUACUUAAACUGCCAUCGCGACAUCGUGGAUCAUCGAGGUCAUACGCUUAACAUCUAUGAUUUAGAAAGAAUAAAACGCGGAGCCAACCGAAAUCAUUUAAACGUAGCCUCUCAUCGAAGCUUAGACAGAAAAUAUACAAAGAAUAAGCAUAUUGGAGUUUCUAACUAUUUUUCUAAACAAUUGAUUUCGUAUGAUCCUACCAAUACACUUGUGCAAAAAAUAAAGAGAAAACUAUCUAAUUUAAAAAAGAUUGGUGGUGAAGCGAUUUCAAAGAAAAACCAAAACGCGGUCCAACUGGCCGAGAUAACAUCUGGCUCGGCGAGCUCUCUCAAGAAACUAUCAAUGUUGUCUGUAGUCGACAAGUCGCAGAGGAGGGUCAACAGCCAAAGCUCCAUUUAUACUUCGUCGGAAUUUCAAUCAAAAGACGAUUUGAAAAACAAUGCUUCUACUUAUGCAAAUUUUUCAGGGAAUGUCGACCAAUGUUUUGAUAGACUCAGGGAGUGCAAUGUAAGUGCAGAUAACAGCAGACGGCCACCCCGCAAAAUGAUUAAAAUGCGAAGUUUCGACAAUAAUGAUGAAAUGCUAACCAGACACUCUCCUGCGCCUGAAAGGAUGAAAUUUUCCACUCUAGAUAACCGCAGCCGAUGUCGAAGUAUAAGAAGGCAAAUGUCAUAUAACGAUUUUCCAAGUGAACGGUUCAGGGAUAGAGGGUCAGACCUAUGGACGCGUGAUGAAAGCUUGGAGGGGUCAAAAAGUACUCACAACGAUUUAGUAGAUGACGAGGCACAAAGUUUUGUGGAAGCUGACAGGAUAGCGAUGGGCGGGCUGCGAGGCGCGCGCUCUCACUGCACGUGCGAGUCGGGCGGCAAUAACCGGAUACCUUCCAUAUUCUACGAUACCCAUGGCAAGAAGCGAGCAGCGCCAGCUCCUGACGUAACUGAACGUGGCACCGUGCGGCCCGCGGCGUGCAGCGCCUGCAAGUCCCCGCAGUGGCUGUCCACCGGCACCACUUCAACUGCCAGCCACAGCUCUACUACCACAGGCAACUCGUCCAGGUUUUCCGUUUGGCACCGGCGCUGGUGUUGCGUAGCGAUCCUAGUGCUAGUGGCCGGCACGGCGUGCGUGGCAGGCCCGCUAGCACUCCGCGCGCCGCCGGGCGCGCCCUUGCACGAGCGUCUCCGGUUGGCGGAGCGCCUUCUCCAUGAGUCCCCUCUCAUCGACGGACACAAUGACCUACCCUGGAAUAUAAGGAAGUUUCUACACAACAGAAUUAAAGAUUUCAGGUUCGAUGAAGAUCUGCGAACGAUAUCACCGUGGGCCACCAGUUCAUGGAGCCACACCGAUUUGCCGCGAUUAAAACAAGGGAGGGUGGCCGGACAGUUCUGGGCCGCGUACGUGCCGUGCGACGCACAACACCGGGACGCGGUGCAGCUGACGUUCGAGCAAAUUGAUCUCAUACAGCGGCUCACGGAUAAAUACCAUCCGCAGCUCACUCUCUGCACCUCCGCCGACGAUAUAGUAUCGGCGCACGCGAACCACCGCAUGUGCUCACUGGUUGGCGUGGAGGGGGGGCACGCCAUCGGCGGCUCGCUCGGCGUCCUCAGGACCCUUUACCAAGUGGGGGUGCGCUACCUCACAUUGACCUCCACCUGUGACACCCCGUGGGCUGAGUGCGCCUCUGCCGACCGAAUCGAGCCUUCGCCGCGCGGUGGACUUACACCUUUUGGAAAAGUGGUGGUGAAGGAGAUGAACCGGCUCGGCAUGCUGGUGGACCUCUCGCACGUGUCGGAGCGCACGAUGCGCGACGCGCUCAUGGCGUCGCGCGCGCCAGUCAUCUUCUCGCACUCGUCUGCGCGCGCGCUCUGCAACGUCACACGAAACGUGCCCGACACCGUGCUACGGCUCUUGGCCGCCAACAAGGGACUCAUCAUGGUCAAUUUCUACACUUCGUUUCUUACAUGCAAGGAAACCGCUACAGUUCAGAAUGCUAUAGCGCAUAUAAAUCACAUACGUGAUGUCGCCGGAGUCGACAGCGUGGGGCUUGGCGCUGGCUAUGAUGGUAUUAACUACACGCCACAAGGAUUAGAAGACGUAUCGUCGUAUCCUUUACUCUUCGCUGAGCUAAUGGAGUCCGGAUGGAGCAUAGAAGACCUUAAGAAAUUAGCAGGGUUGAACCUUCUGCGAGUGUUGGGAGCCGCGGAGCGCGUAGCACAGGAGCUCGCUUCUGCGCACGUCACUCCAUAUGAAGAGGUGCCGCCGCGAACACUGGACACGCAUAACUGCUCCAGUCAAGAUCUCUAAAUGAAAUCAAGCUGCCUACUCAUUAGUUUAAUUAGAUGCAGUAGGCACUUAUAAGCGGCAUGUUCGACUCAAAGAUCCACUUAGAAGUUCGAAAAUCCAAAUGCUUUUCGUUAUGUCUCCGGUUGUUGAAAAAUCGAGUCGAAGCAAAUAUAUUUCCAAACUUCUGGAAAGCAGAUCCAAACUUUUAGUAACUGCGGCUAUGGUCGUGGAUUCCAAGCUUUAAUAUUUCCGUAGUUUUAUAAAUUCAUUAAGCUGCUUACACACGGAAGUACAGGACCGCGACCUUGGUCCGGUCCGAGACUGUUCGAUUCGGUAGUGGUCCGCCGUACGUCCGUUAAAGACUCAGCUAUAAUUAUUAUUGAGCACGAGAAAGAGAUAUUUUUACCGGACCAAAAUCGCUGUCCUGUACACCCGUCUGUUACAGCUUUUACAUAUAAUUAGGUAGUACUUAUAAUACCAUAUAGCUGUACUCCGAUUAUCGUCCGUUUAUUACAAGUUGAAAUUUUAGGGUACCUACCUGCUAGACUGUUAUUUGUCGUAAGUUAUGUAAUAGCUUAGACUACUUUCAGGCCAAACUAGAUCGCAUGUGUAAUGCAGCACAACCCGGCUCCUGCAUAGUACGUAAUGAACGUAUAAGUAUACCCCUCUGUACUUAUCUAUGUUUAUAGCUUGGGCUGCAUGUCCUACGCGUUCGUUUAGACUAGGUACGUAACGCAAAGUGUAUUGAUGACGCAGAGACAGAGCUAUGUACUUAUGCUGUUUUACGCAUACGGUGUUGUUUGGUAUUUAAUCAAAUAACACAAUAGUCACGCAUUUAAAAUUAUUUAGUAUAUUUCUAUUGUCGAUAUUAAUUCAGUUUAUAUUAACAGGCCGUUAACAAUAAAGCGUUUCAUUAUAAUAAAGGUUUGUCAGUCAGUCAAUCACAGAACAUCACAUUUUGCAGCCAACUUUGCCCACUCUUAAAUUAUAUUCCAUAUAAUUCCAAUAUAUACGUCAGCAAUUUACUCGUGGCUUCCCACAAAUCAGUGAUGUGAACUUAGUUAACCAGCAAUGAGUAUUGAUAAACAGUAAAGUGAAUUGAGUGCUUUAUUUUCAGAUAACGCAUACAAGAUUCUGUUUGGCCGAACGGAAACGUCUCAUUUAAAAAAACUUACUUUUUAUCGUAGAGCUUAAUAUACCCAUAAAGAGAGUUAAAGACACACAAUGUCAGUAUCGGUUAUGUUAUCUAUAGUACAUUAUGAUACAAGUGU